GUUGGGGUGAUUAUUAUUCUCAUGAUCCUUCUCUUUCUAUACAUCAACAAAAGACUAUACUUUGAGAAUAUAGGAGAGUUUCCAUGCCUUGAUGCAGAAUACAGGGCCAACAAAGAUUUACCAGACAACACACAGGUAAGCUGAAAAGGAUGACCAAUUUGGCAACGUUAACCAUUACAUGAUGCAUCUGAAUGUUUUUUUUCUUUAUUGGGGUUAAAAAAAACUGCUUGAAUAAAUGUCGUUUUUCAAGAGUUUUCAACAAAGCCUGACUUUGCCAUCAGUGUCUGCUUUAGUUGAGCAACUUAACAGUGCUGUAGAUGACCUGAGUGAUGCAGUUGGGCAGGCUGGGCAUAGUGUGGCUGACUCAGUCACAGAGCAGGUAACACACAUGUUAAGUGGCUUACGAACAGAAGAAGUAUCUCCUGAAGUAUGUGAUGAUACAGCAUCUUCAAUGAGCAGUUCAGAAGUCAAAGCAACGGACCUGUCUACCGAAGAAAAUAUAGAAACAAGAAGGAACACAACAAAGAGUGAACUCUACAUUAAUUCAGGAGAGUUGCAAGAUAGUCCAAGGUUUGACGAAUCAGAAGUUAAAAACGGAAAAAGCCACAGGCAGUUACUACACCAGUCUUCAGUUAGUUGUUUGGCAGAUAAUAAUUUUGCAAAUAAAGAAGAUGAAAAUGCACUGGUUUGUGAACCAGUGGAACAGAUUGUCUCUCCACAAUACGCAGAUAUUUCAGAUUCUAUCGUGGGACAGAACGAUAUGUACCAACACAAAAUAUCAAAAACGGAUUUUAUAGAAUCUGAGACAUUAAAGGAAUCAUUCAAGAAAGAUAUUUACUCUAUUCCUGAUUGCAAUGGUGCUGCACAAAUAACUGAGUCUCAAAUAAUAGAUAGAAAGUCCAAAGCAUCUGAAUGUAUGUUAACAAGGGAACAUUUUAAGAUUAGCAAUGAUAUUGUAGAUCGGUCUAUAAGUUACAAAGGGAACAGUUCAACCAAGUCAAGCAAGUAUAAUGUUAAAGCCUCAGAUUAUAAAGUGGACAACAAUGAACCUUUGGACAAACAGAAAGAGCAGGUAUGUGGAAAAGGUGAAGGAAAUAUGGGAGUUGGCAGACAAACUGAUCAAAGUAUCAUGGAAGAUCAAAAGAAAGACAAUAAAAAGAUAAAGCUAAACUGUCAGCUUUCAGAAGCUCAAAAGAGAUUGGACAUUCAUAAACCAGAUCUGUCAGAAAAAGGCUCUAAAAAGCACAAAGAGAACCUUUCAAACAGUAAAAAAUCUAGCACUGUUCCGAAAAAUGACCUUCAAACUCAAAAAGAACAUAAAGGAGGAAAAGAAGUACACACCAUAAUAUCAGAAAAAAUUAAAAAGAUCAAGAAAGAAAAAAAACAGAAAACUUCAGACAAAGAUAACAACUAUGGUGAUGGAGAGCACCAUGGUUCCUCAUCAGACAGUGAAGAUGAGGUGCUUGGCAAAUACCACGAGGCUUUGUCCAAAAUACAGAUCGUAUCUGGUGCAGCAUCAGACAGCAGACACCAUCAGAAAGGUUAUAUGUGGGAAUCCAGACUCAAGUAUAGUCCCCUGUCAGCUGAAUAUGAUGGCUACAGCAGUGAGGCAUCUGCAGAUGAAGAGCACUGUAUUCAGAGGAUAAGAAGAACUCCCCCACUUGACGAACUUCAGCCUCCUCCUUAUCAGGAUGAUAAUGGAUCACCACAUCUCUCAUACACUCCAUCGGAACUUGAUGACAAGUGUGAACUGUCUCAUUCUAGUGCAGAUUGCAACAGUGCACGCUGUUCAUACAGUAAGUGCCCUAGCGAGGGAAGUGUUGGCCACGAGACUGAGAGCUACCAUCAAAAAGGAUAUGAAGAGGACGUUCCCAGCGACAGCACUGCCAUUCUCAGUCCAGAGGACACGUCAGCCAGAGGAUCUUCUGCACAGCUACCAAAAGCUUAUGAUCCAGAACCUGUAUCAAAGUAUGGCACAUUGGAUGUAAUUUUUGAUUAUGAUUCACAAUCACAGAAACUACUGGUAACAGUAACAGCUGUUACAGACAUUCCAACAUAUAAUCGAACUGGCAACAGCUCGUGGCAAGUGCAUCUUGUGCUUCUUCCCACGAAGAAACAAAGGUCAAAAACAAGUGUCCAGCGAGGGUCAUGCCCUGUCUUUACAGAAGACUUUAAGUUCAAUCGGAUUGAGUCCGAGAUGAUUGGUAAUUAUGCUGUGCGUUUUAGGCUCUACAGUAUACGGCGCAUGAAGAAAGAAAGGAUUGUCGGUGAAAAGGUAUUUUAUCUCACCAAGCUAAAUCUGCAAGGCAAGAUGUCAAUUCCGAUUGUGUUGGAGCCAUGUGGCAGUCUCACUGGCUGUGACUCCCAAAUGAGCAUGGCUGAGAUGUCCUGUAGUGAAAGCACUUCUUCCUGUCAGUCUCUGGCACAUGGCUCAACACCAGAAAUUCUUGUUGGUCUACUGUAUAAUGCCACCACUGGCAGACUGUCAGUUGAAGUCAUAAAAGGAAGCCACUUCAAAAACUUAGCAGUGAAUAGACCACCUAAUGGACUGUUCUGUUGUCUAAAACACUUGAUAGGUGGGCAGGUUUAUAUAAUCCGAGACACAUAUGUCAAGUUAACAUUGCUGAAUUCUAUGGGUCAGGAGAUGUCCAAAUGUAAGACGUCCAUCCGCCGAGGCCAACCAAAUCCUGUGUACAAAGAAACAUUCAUUUUUCAGGUAGCACUAUUUCAGCUUUCCGAUGUGACACUCAUACUGUCUGUGUAUAACAAACGGAGCAUGAAACGUAAAGAAAUGAUCGGCUGGAUUUCAUUAGGCCUCAACAGCUCAGGUGAGGAAGAACUGAACCAUUGGACUGAAAUGAAGGAAUCAAAAGGACAGCAAGUUUGUCGAUGGCACUCAUUAUUGGAAUCGUAACAAAUGUGCUGAGGACCACAGUGGGCUUUGGCUCAGGGGUUCAACACAAUUCCUUUCAGACUUGUUCCUAACCAAACCAAUAGUUGCAAAAUGCAACAGUUGCCUCAUUGUUGGCUCAGCUCGAGAUAAUGCUGGUAAAGAAAUAACUUUAAGGAAAAUAUGAGGGAACACAAUUCCUGUAUAAUGUGCACUGUUUAUUAUCAAUGCAACGCAUAGGAUGAGGCACAAGAGUUUAUAGAAAAUUAGAGAAAAAUUAUAGCAUUUGUAAAGCCCAAACAACAUGACCUUGAGUAUUCUUGUCAUUAGGUUGAGGUUACGGAUACAAAAUAACAGCCGAAUGUUGCCACAAAGAUGAGUAGAAAUUCAUCCUUGGUUUUAGUGUGAAUUGCACAAUAUAAUAGAUCAGUGCAUUGUGCAUUGGCUCAAAUUUUUAUUCCAAUAACUUCAAUGAAGUGAAUUUUAGAGGCAGAGCAUAAUUUUCUGAUGUAAUAAUGUAGCAUUUUUAGCUCCAUUCAAUAGGCAUGAAUUUCUAGCCAGGAUAUUUGCAUGGUUGGAAUUUAGACUACUUAAUAGAAUAAAUUACAAAAUGGCAACUUAUUUUGAUGAUGCAGAAAUUUUGUCAUUUUACUGUUAAAGGCUUGUGGCAUUGGAAUAUUAGCAUAUCAAAUUUUAAAGAUUCUCAAGGGUAAACAUGCACAAAUAUGUUGAUGCCAUUGCUUCACUUCCACAAUCUGACUUUGUUGUUGAACUGAGAUGCUCUUUGACUUCCUGUAGUUGCUGGUUGGAAGUUUAAUGAUUGAAAACAAUUACAUUCAAAACAUUGCAGCAACAGCUAGAAUCACCAAAAGCAAGCACAAUAAUCAUUUUGAUUGGUCAGAAUCCAAUAGGCCAUAUGACUUAUUAAAGUGAACAGAAAUUUCCACUGUCAUAUUUUUCUGUUCUUAAAAAUAUUGCAACAAUGAAAAUCAAAAAAAAUAGCAGCUGCUGGAAACCUAAGUUAAAAGCAGUUAAUGUUUCAGUUCUGAUAGCCUUCAUCAGAAAUCACAACACUGUUGCAACUCACUGAAAUAAACAGUUGUAAGGUUAAGGUGCCUUUUUUACAUACUGGCUUAAAAGUGAAAAUUUCCUCUUUGUUAUGCUCUGUGGCUGAAGUAUGAAUUAACCACUUUAUCCCUACGCAUGGAUACAGUAAAACAGGAAAACAGAAUUUUCUAUUUUAGAACUGAGACAUUGUGGCUUGCUGUUGGGAUGGGAAGUCAGGGUCGGGAGUGCGUGAUUUCAAUAGUAUUCAUUAAUCCAGUAUUGGCAUAGCAAUUGUGAAAAUAGUAAACAGAUAUUUAAAUGAUAUUGAUUCCUUAUGAUACAUGUGUCCUUAAUAAUACCAGCUCUUAUACAGUGAUGAAUGUGAUUCUGACCAAUAUCUACAUAACGCUAUAUGUAAUCUAAAAGUAGUCGAACUGCCACAAACAGGAGGAAAUUAAUUUUCCCCUCACCAGCAUUGUUAAUUCUAUGAGCACAAAUCAAAUUCAUACCAACAUGUUUCAGUAUAUGUAAUAUAAGGGGUCUAGAAUCAGACUUUGCUUAGUUCUAUCAGAGCAAUUAAAGUGGGAUAACCAUUAUUUAAGAAUAAACUGAAUUUUAGUAUAUUCAAACAAUAUAGGGAUAUCCAAAAUUUCAAUUUUACUCAAUAGUACCGAACUUAUUCAAUAAUAAGCUGCAUUGAAAUAUGAUUCAGAUUUUUUAUAAAUGAUCAAUGUAAUAGUAACAUUUUGCAUAGAACUCCAAUAUUUCAUGGUUUGAAAUUAUAGGCAGUAGCCAUAUUAUCUGGCCACCAUUCUUUUAAAGCACAUUGACUGGAACAUCAAGACAGCUUGUUUCAGUCCUAAACUGAAAUUACUUUAAUACUUUAAAAUAGAAAUAAUAAUUCAGCAGCUACUUUUAGGCAAGUUUAGAUUUGUUAAGGUACCAACAUUAGGAAAGUAGACACAUGCAAAUUAUAUCGGAGAAAUUCCUAGUUAGCACUAGUCCUUGGAAACCUGGGGAUAACAUCAAAAUUAAAUUACCAGAUCAUUUUGGAAACUAUUUCUAUUACAAAUAUAGCAGGUAUUGUUAGACUUCUGAUGUCAACAUUUUGAACUUUACACUUCGAAAACCAACUAUCAUAUGCACUUCAGUUUUUAGAUCUGACAGAAAAUCUUAAAAUCAUUUAAAUUUUAAAUUGUUGUAUGGGGUACAAUAUUAAUGAAGUAAAAAGACUCAACCAAAAACCAGGAUUCAUGCCCGGGAAGGAAUAAUACUUGUCUGACCCCACCACACCUACCAGUAGCGACUUGGAUGGUCACAGAACACUAGCUGCAAUGUGAACAUUUUGUCUGAAUUUUGUCCCUGUCGUACCGUGGGACAGGACUUUAACCAACUUCACAAACUUAAAACCCUGUCCCACGGUACGAGUUAAUUCCAAGAGUUCUCCCGAGAUUGCCCUGAUUCGAACUCGGAGAUUUAUGGUAAUGGCCACUCGUCGAUGAAAGGAAUUAAAAAUAAAUCAUAAUAUAGAAGAGAAUUACAACUGCAGAGUAACUAGCAAUUACUGUCGCCUUCCCUCCAAUUAGAAAUUUAUUUAGAGAAAAUUCUCUGGCAAAUUUUUUUUUUUUCUUGCAUUCUAUAUCCUAAAGGCAACAGAUUUACCAUAAAAAACAUAAAGCCCUUGAAAUUGCAAGGGAUGAGGAGCAAAUAAAGAAUUCUGCUAAAAUAGUGCCAGGAUUUUCAAUUUGGAAAUGUGUUCUGCUGGGGUUCUAUUGCACUUUAGCUGCUUCUUAAUAUUUGAUUGCAGAGAUAAUGUUGCAAGUUCUAGUUUAAUGUAUUCCUGGAGAUUUGAUCUUAUGGCCUUUGAUUGCAUGCCAGUAAAUUACAUGACACUGCAUAUUUGAUGCCUAGUCAAUGGCAUAUGAACAUGUAAGAUUAGCCGGUUACAUACACACAAAUUUGAAAGUGGCCCAUUGUUUCCUAUAGUCCAUCCUGUAAGUUCCAACUUCAGGGAGAUGCUGCACUGAAACUAGUAUUAGAGUUGCCUGAAUUUGACAUUGUUCAACUACACACAUCUUAGUCAGUUUAAAUGAACUCUUCCUCAUUCAGUUGUGUUUUCUCUCAAACUUCCUCGUUCAAUUGGUGUUGCUUCUAUUUCCCUGCUCUCUCUCUUCCUCAGAACAUCCAGUUAGUUCAAUGCUUUCUUCAUAGGCACCAAGGAAGUAAUAUGUUCUGAAUACCAAUGGACCCUGAGAAGAACCCCAACAAUCAGUUUCGUUUGCAGGCCACAACAGACUAUUGGGCUUGAAUGAAUUGGAUAUCACCAAAAGCUUGAGAAACCUGUUGACAGUCACAGUAGCCUUAUGCCAAAACAGGAAUUAAAAGGGAUAAACACAUAGGCUUAUCCUCCACAAGUGAUAUCUGGGGAGAAGGUGAUUUCCCUCAGCAUUAUGUCCAUUACUUUCACAAAAUGCAUGCCAGCUGAGACUAAUGUUAUUCCCAUCGAAACAAAAAAAAAAUGAGAGGUACUGGAGGAUCUUAGCAACUCAAGAGAGCUGUUGGAGGAUCUCAAGAACAUUAUUCCCAAUGAAGUCUUUAUAAAGAUAACAACCCUUUACUACAUAGGGAAAUACAUUUGGAUAUUUUACCCACCUUAGACCAAGGUUCUAGAAUUUCCUUCCUAAAUCACUUCGUGUAUUUCUGCUCUCCUUUAAAUCCUGUAUAAUUAAUCAUUCAUUGCUUACCCUAUAGAAAUUUUGAAGUUCCACCUUGAUCAUUAAACCAUAGUGUGAUUUUUCGUUUUGUUAAAGAUACUACUGAAAUAUAGCUUGUUCAUGGCAGAGAUGAAAAUGUGGAAGAGAAAGUCACAUUAAUGAUGGCGAUAAGGAUGGAAUUAGCAAUAUUUUUGGAUUUGUGUCUUUGCAUAAUUAUCUAUGUAAUCACAUGAUUUUGUAUAGCAUUCCUUGGAGAUAUAUCAUUACAAAAAAAAAAGAAUUGAAGGAAUAAAGUAAAAGCAAAGAAAAGCAAAAAGAUAGGACGAUGCAACCAAAUAAAAUAUGAAAUAGUUAGAAAAAGAGAAAGGAAUUGGAAUAAGAGACUAAAUGCGUUCACUGUAACAGUAUAUAGAUGAUACAGUAAUCUGACAAUACCAAAUGAUUAAAAAAAAUAUUUUAAUACAUUUUUUUAGUAUAGGUAAUGAAAGUAAAACUGAAAUAUCAAUAUCUAAAAAUUAAAUUCUGGAAAAGUGUAGGAAAUACUAGCAAACUAAUAAUGAAAUCAAGGAGGAGGAAACAUGAGGGAAAUUUUGUUUUAAAAUGUCUCAUAAUGCCUGAUGAAAUCAAGUUGAAGCAGACUCACAUAGCAAUAGACCUUUCAUUUCUGGGAGUUGGGCCAAAACCAGCUCAAAUUGAUGGGAUGAAAGAUUUGCUUGCCUGCUAGCUGUAAGAGUUCCAUGUUUAAAAUUCAUUUGGGCAGUCAGUCCAAUUCCUCAUGAGAAUAGUUCCACAGCACAACUACUCACAAUUGGCAUUACAUUUACAACCAUCCCACUCAGACAUACGUAGGGAAGGCUGUUACAGUAUGUGUACCACAAAAUAAUACACCAAUGCAGCAGUUGCAAUGAAUGGUACAGAGUUUCAUGAAAUCUUUAUCACACCCAAAUCAUUCAGCAAUUAGGAUUAUUUGAGAUUGGAUAACAAAAUGGACAAAGCUCCAACUUCCUAUUCUAACAUAGCUCAUUUGAUCACACAAAGUUCAC